GCUAUUAAUAAAUUAUCGUCUAGAAACAUUUUAUUUAUAUAAAAGGCUAUGCCGACUGCCGAGCCCCGAGCUGGCCCGAGCAGAUCGAUUUGAAAAAUUUUUAUUUUACAUUGAUCAGUUGAACUAAUUCGUGGCGCUCAUUAGGAAAACGGCGUACUAGUAUAAUAAACCACUAAACCUGUAAAGUUAUGUCUGAUGAAAUAGAGAAUGAACGUUCACGUCUUUUGAAUAAAUGUUCGGGAGGUGAUAUCCAGGGCAAUCAAACUUCUGAUGAAAUUUUCCCAGAAAUGCACGAAGAAAAUCGUGAACACGAACAUGCUACCACCAAUCUUGAAACUUUUAUGCAUUUGAUUAAAGCUAAUAUUGGCACUGGAUUACUUGGCCUUCCUGUUGCUGUCAUGAAUGCAGGUGUUGUGGUUGGUCCAAUUUGUCUUGUGAUUAUGGCCAUAAUUGCUAUUCACUGCAUGCAUCUCCUCGUUCAGAGCUCUCAUAGCUGGUGUAAAGCGAAAGGAAGGUCAAGCAUGAGCUUUGCAGAUGUUGCUGAAGAAUGUGUAAGGACGCGAUACCCAGGGAAAGGAUGGAUUGGAAGGAUGGUUAUCAAUACAUUUCUGAUAAUAACUCAACUUGGGUUUUGCUGCAUAUAUGUGCUAUUUGUUGGACGAAAUUUAGAACAAAUCCUGGAUGAUUAUUCUUCGUUUAACGUUUCUAUAACGAUAUGGAUUUUAAUAAUUACACCGUACUUUAUCGCCUUCUCGUUCAUCAAAAAUCUCGACGCUUUAUCCUGGCUGUCUUUGAUCUCGAAUAUCUUUAUUGUCUCAGGAGUCAUUUGCAUAUUCGUUUUCUUAUUUUUGCAUUUAAAUAAUCCACUAAAUCUCCCAGCAUUUGCUGGGAUCAAGACGUUUCCAUUGUUCUUUGGUGUCGCUGUGUACUCGUAUGAAGGAAUUGGAUUGGUACUUCCACUCGAAAACGAGAUGAAGAAACCAUCCGAUUUUCCCAACAUUCUCACCCUGAGUAUGCUAUUUGUAACAUUCCUCUACGUUUCCAUGGGUUUGUUUGGUUACAUGAUGUGUACGGAUGAUUGCAAAGGAAGUAUCACGCUAAACCUCGGUGACAGCGCGUUUGCGACUGCUGUGAAAUGUUUGAUAACAUUAGGAAUAUUCUUGACUUACUUCAUUCAGAUUUACGUUCCGUUGAAUAUUUUUGAAUCUUGGUUUCUAAGACGUGUCUUCAAAGGAGAAACUCUGUUCAAAAGUUUCAUAUUUCGAGCUCUCGUAGUAAUCUUUACUGCAAUUCUGGCUUCCGUCAUACCACAGCUGGAUAAUUUUAUUGCCCUCGUCGGUGCUAUGAGCAGUUCAGCUUUAGCAUUAGUAUUCCCACCAAUAUUCCACUCCCUGUCGUGUCCUGGUCUCUCCCGUCUUACACAUAUUAAAAAUAUUGCUAUCGCUGUCUUUGGAAUAGUGGGAGGAAUAUUUGGGACAAUAAUGUCUGUUAUUAAUAUAGCCAAGGAUUAUAAUUAAAAUUCGACUGCUAAUGGCGUAAUAUACUUAACUAAAUAUUAUAUCGUGCAGUGGUAAAAAGCUUCAUGAUAUUUUACUUAUUUAUGAUAUUACCAUAGAAAUAAUAGAUCUAUUAUUUCUAUGGAUAUUACACAUAUUUUAAAAACGCGGUGAACAAAUAUGUUGACAAAUGUACAGAAAUUUAGGCGUUAACAAUCAUACAACGUAUUUUUUCCUCUAAUAAAAUAACAUUAAUUCGAGUUUUUUUCGUCGGAUUCCCCUGCUUUCAAGUGUUCGCCACCAGGUUGAAAUCCGAGCUCGCUCGACCAAUCAGUGCAUGGCUAUUUUGAUAAUCACCUGGGUAUUACAAUAUGUAUCUGUUCGAAUGUUUUAAGGUCUAUUUCUAUAGAAAUUAAAUUUACAAUUCAUGAGUUCGUUACCAUAUUACUUUCUCUCCAAUUUAUCCUUUUAAUCGAGCAACGUGUGUUUACACAAUUAUUCUGUUACGUCCGUUAUCUGGGAAACUGGGAUAAUUUUAAUUGCGAGCAUGUCAAAAGAUUUUACUGAGGUGGAAAGUAUUUUUAUCACAUUAAUUGCAUGAUUCAAGGGUUAGUGAUUUAACAAUGAGUGAUUGAAACUACUUAGAGCAAGUCCGUUAAGAUCAGCAAUCUUGUGACAACUUGCAAAAAAGUACGAACCAAGAUUCCUAAUCGUAGCUUAACUUCAAGGAUUUAAUUCGUCAUGUACUUCGUUCUUUAGUCCGAAUCCUAUGGCAGCCUAGUAGACCACGAUAGGCAGGGCUAGCGUUAUCGUAAAAAAAUUGUUUCAUGAUUUUCUAUGUAUUCAUUCCUAUGGCAGCCUAGUAGACCACGAUAGGCAGGGCUAGCGUUAUCGUAAAAAAUUUGUUUCAUGAUUUUCUAUGUAUUCAUAUUUCUAAUUAGGUAAGUUAGACCUAAAAUUAUUUAUUGUGGAU